AUGUCCUCGAGAUACACGACUUCUUUCGUGGGGAUGUCUCUCUCAAGUUGGGCCAAGCCAUCCGUCCUCCCACGGAAUCGCAUUAAAGCGUCUGUCAAACAGCCGGAAUAUCGUGCCUCGCCGUCUCCAGCUUUGAUUGCCCUCAUCCGCCGCCUCACCACGCUGGCCCCAAGAUCCCGAUCGUCACCGUCACCUUCUCCCUCCGCGAGACCCCGAGACGCGCACCGCCGUGCUCAGCGCUCAAAGCGUGGCUCCGUGUCUAAGCGCCCCGUCGAUCUCACACACAUCGACUGGAGUACGUCGUACGCGGCCGGCGAGUCUUCGUCGGCGUCGCAUUCGGAGAGCGACGAUGACGACUCGGAGACCGAAGAACUUCGUGGGCGGAUCGCGCAUGAACCCGCUGCUGGUAGCGACAAUCUGUGGUCGGCCUACGAGUUGUCUGUUCUUCUUGCCGCCACUGUUGUCUACAUUGUGUACACGUACGGCUCCGUGGGGGAGACGGCGACUAGACCGGCUACGGGCCAGGGUGUCAAAUCUGCUGACAAGUUUGGCUUUAUCUGGAUACCUUCCAGAGAAUCCAAUGACGACGGAAUUCUCACAGCCCUUCUACUUGGACCGCUCAUCGCUGCUUCGCUCCUUUGCGCUUCUUUUGGAGGAGAUGGAUUACCGGCCCGGUGGGCUAUCGAGGCUCCGUUUCGGCUAGCAAAACUCUCGCCUCAGGAUGCUCUCUUGAGAGGGCGAUAUACGCUUCUCUCGCUGUCGACACUGACGAGCGGCAUAUUGUUAGUGCAUGUUUGUGCAUCGAGAUGGUUGGAGGACCGCAGCCGGCUAGGUGCAUCUGCGACCGAGAACGGAUCUGGACAAUAUGCCACGAUGGUCGGUCCUUCUGAUGGAGAAAGACGUUCAGUCCCUCGAAGCGAGGGCGUCAGGAGCGUUUACUUCAUUCUAUUUACCUUGUGUGUCACUGUGGGCUUUCUUGCUGUGCGUGCUGGGAUGGAGUUGUUUGAACUGGGUUUCUGGCAACAUCUGGAUCCAGUGGAGAUCACUAUUUCGGCUGUAUUCUAUCAGCUCACGCUGUAUGGAGCACUUCGAAUGGCCCACCGCGGUCUGACACUGGGAGAACUAGGAUUUGUCUGUUUCGGCGGUGCAGCGUUGUUCAGCGAGUUCCUCCGCUUCACGACUGCCAGGCUCUGGUCGAAAACAACACCCGGCUUCCUGACUUUCCGGUUGCCCACGCCGAUCUUGGUGCUGCAGAUGGCUCUCGUUGGCGGCCCAUUCUUGGCGGGUGCUUUGAUGGCCCCGUUUUUGGUGCUGUCCAGACACGCAGCAAAGACGCCGGUGCGACGGCGUCGUCGACUGAGUCCCGCCGAGGCACUGCAAGCUCGCCGAAGACUGGCUGCAGCAUUCUACAUCGGUGUUGCUUUGGUUGUAGUCGGUCCCAUCGGCCUGUGGGUGUGGUGGUGUCUGGGAAAGCGCAAUCCCUGGAUGUGGGUUCUUCGGUGGAUCGUUUCUCGCAACCGCAGACUAGCCCUGCUGGCCUAUUGGGCUACGCUUGGCGGUCUCAGUGUAGCAGGUUGGACGCGCCAACUCGCUCGCUCAAGGCGUGGAGCGGUCUUGGCCAUGGGAAUGGGUGUGAACAUGACUGGUGGGACGGCUAACAGUGACAGCGAUGGUGCUACUCAGGAUGGUUCUGCGCGCAGUGCGCUGAUCGCCGCGUCUGGCGAGUUGUUCGAUCGAGCCCCAACGCUGCGACUCAAUGCUCGGCGCAAAUUUUUCCAUGCGCUCGUCGUCUUCAUGUUUCCGGCAUUCACGCACUUGGCUUUCAGUACAGCGUUCGCCCUGUUUGUGUUCGCAGAAUAUAUCCGAUACUUCGCCAUUUAUCCGCUGGGAGCAGCGGUGCACCGGUUCAUGAGCGAAUUCAUCGACACCAAGGACGGAGGAACCGCAAUUCUGAGUCACUUCUAUUUGCUCACCGGAUGUGCUGGUGCGCUCUGGCUGGAAGGCUCGUCUCCCCUGCUCGAGUAUACAGGAUUAUUAGUACUGGGUGUCGGUGAUGCUGUGGCCAGCAUUGUCGGCAAGCGGAUCGGUCGACAUUUAUGGUCUCCGACAACUCCUAAAACUUUGGAAGGCAGCAUGGCCUUUAUUAUAUCUGUGGUCGCCUCCGCACUUGUGUUGAGACUAUGUGGUCUCGCCGAACCCUUUUCGAUCUACAAAUACUCAGCAGCAGUCGUGCUGGCAUCUAUUCUCGAAGCCCUCUCAGACCAAAAUGACAAUCUUACGCUUCCACUAUACACCUGGAGCAUACUUGUACUCGGAAAAGUAUCAUAAUAUAGGGAGUACAUAUGUAG